AUGGCUCUCCGCGUCGCACCAGUCGAGCUGUCGGACUUCGAUAGCUUCGUCUCCGAUGCGUCAAAGUACGCUCCGGGCGAUGACCUUGUCGCACCGCCCAACCCGGUCGCAUGGCCGGUCAGCACGCGGCCCGAGGCCGAGCAGCGGGCGCGGCGCUGCUUUGCGCUGCAGAGGCGCCGUUUCCUCGAGGACCCGACGGUCAGGUUCCUGAAAGUGGUCGACGACAGCCCCGAAGGUGGCGGCGGCGGCGGCGGCGCCGUCGUCGCCGUGGCUCGCUGGCACUACUACGAGGGCGGCUACAAGUACGAGCGUGAGGCGCACUGGGAGAUGGCGCCCCUGAACACGGCGGAGGGCGAGGACGGCGAGGUCGGCGAGGGCGAGAGCUACCCGCCGCCGAACUUCAACGUGCGCCUCCACAACCACAUCCUCACGGAGCGGGACUCGUUCCGCGAGCAGUGGAUUCCGAGCAGGAAGCCCUGCUGGAUCUUGAUGCACCUCGUCACGAGGCCGAGUCAAAGGAGGAAGGGCGCGGCGGGCUUGUUGAUCCGAUGGGGAAUGGAGCGCUCGCGGGAGUCCGGCGUGCCUGCGUACCUAGAGGCGGGGGUUCAGGGAAAGCCCGUGUAUGAGCGCUUCGGGUUCGUGGUCGUUGGCGAGGAGAGAAGGGUCAGCCUGGAAGGAUUAGGUGAAGUCUAUAUGGGCUUAAAGGAGUUUGUCAUGGCGAAUAUGAAGUGGGAUCCAAGCAUUGCUGGACCCGGACAGUGA